GACAAAUCACACGCAAGCAUGCAGUGAAUAUUUUCUGUUUAUCUUUUUAAAAACACCAUGGAGUCAAUAUUAGUGAAUUUUAUCCAAAAUCUAGACCUCGUGAAGCAGCAGCUUAAAGAUGGUCAGUGCAACCGAGAGCCUGAUAAAGAUUUCCAGCUGCACACAUUCUGGCUCAAGUUAGAAGGUAUUGUGAAAGUGUUGUCUCAUGAGGCGACCAAGAUGGCCAUCUCCUUCUCACAGCCGCCUCUCCCUUCAACCAAGGACUGUGAGAUCCUAAUUGCUGGUAUUGAGAAAGCUGCACUGGGCCUGGUGUCUGUAUUCUACUCUCUUCCACAGCAUUUUGGUACGUGUCUAGCUAAGAGCACCAAACAGGCAGUGGUCAAUGUGAUAGAGGAGGUUCAUGGGUUGGUGUCAAUGAUACAGAGUCUCUGCGGAAAAGAGGAGAAGAUGAAUCUUACAACAACUGGGAGUGUGUGGCAAGCUUGUGAUGAAGUGGCCAACAUACCCAAAGAUAACAAACAAGUGGUGCUGGUGAUCAUCAAGAACAAUUUCGAGUUGGUGAAAGAUGCGUUGGAGGAGAUGAAGGAGGCGCUGAAGGAUGAAGGUGGCGGUGAUAUGGUGAUCGACGAAGAAGACGACGACCAAGAUGAGACAUGGACGGAAGACGACCGGGCGCUGAUCAGCCCAUGUCUGGCGCUAGUCACAGCUUCCAAGGCUUUCUUGAAGAAGUCAGCAACAGCUUUAUCUUCAAAUGGACAAUGUGAUGCUCUGGAUUAUCUCUCCCAGAUGGAUACUCUUGCAUGUUACGUGGAGCAGAUUAGUCCGGAGGUGGACGUGUUGGUCUCUGGGUUGUACGCCCCGUUACAGCACAGCGUAGUCAAGACAAAUGCCGUUUCUUUAGCAGAAUUAUCAAAACAAUCAUUAGACUAUUUCAGAUCUACUCACAUGUGCACCGAGGUGGAGGUUGAGUGGGUGGAGUUCCUCUUGAAGGCGAUCGAUCAUAACCUUGCAAAAAUAGACACUCUCGUCAAAUGAUGGGGAGACAAUAAAACCUCAUAGGCUUAUAUACUGAAUCAUUGGAUGGCAGUCCCAAUCAAUGUUCAGGAAAUGGUCCAACAUGAAAACACUUGGUUGGUUGGAGGGAAUUCCUCGAAUGACAACAAGUUGGGUGAUACUGCUGUAUGUCCCUAUCCAGGUGCACAUGUUUCCAUUGAAAACAGACAAGGUUUACCAUAAGAAUGAACAAGCAUGUUUCUGUAAUUAUCAUCAUCUAUUUCAAGUGAAAAUAUUGUACAUGUACAUUAUGAUUGUCAAUAAACACGUCUGACACUGAU